AAAAAGAGAACGAAAUCAAAAGAACACAGCGUCAAUGUUGCUGCAGCUCACACUCGUCCGGUGUCAUCGUUGUCGGGUGGAGGAAAGCAAACCAGCUUUUGCUCUACUCUAAAAGCUCCGGACUGCUUCUGCUUCUGCUUCUGCUUCUAUGGUUUUGUUAAACCAAAAGUUUGCCUCCUCGAAAUUUGUGCAUUUCGUGGAUUUGGGUCAUCUUCCUUUUGGUGUGUUGCUCGGAAAUGGUUCUUAGAGGUUUGAAUUUGAGCGGGUUUCGGUUUCGGUUUCGCGCAUGAUCUUUUGGUGGGUUUUAAGAUCUUGUGGAAAUGGCUUAUGGAUGUAUGGUAAUUUUUGUGGGUUUUUGAUGUUGGGACGGAUUUUUGAGGUUAUGCGUGGAGAAAUAAUAUUUUGCUGGUUUUGGAUAUUUAUCUAGUUAGAGUCAGCUAUGUCUAUGAACAAUAAUAAUCCACCUAAGAGUCUCGGAGCCUCUUCAUCGCCCUUUGGCAAUAUCGGUAUGGGAGGUCAAUCUAUGUCUGCAAAUCCCGCAUUUCAACAAUCACAAGCCCAAACACAGAUUGGGGCUGGUUACCAAGGUCAGUUUCAGUUCUCCCAAGCACAGGCUAUUGCCCAGGCUUCAAAAGCCCAUGCACAUGCCCAAGCUCAAGUGGCUAACGCCCAAUUCCAAGCUCAGUUGCAAGCUCAGGCGAUGGCCCUUAACCAGAACCAAGCAGUUGGCAUUGCGAAUUUGGGGUCGUCUUCACCCUCCUUUUCCACACCUGGGAAUGGCAGUGCCAAGCGCUACCCCCAAAAACCACCAGUACGCCCUUCUGGUGUUUCUCCCACACACAUGAUGUCACCUAUGAGAACCAUGGAACUCAACCCUGCUGCUCGUAAAAAGAAGCAGAAGCUUCCUGAUAAACUGCUACAAGACAAAAUAGCCACCAUUCUGCCUGAAUCUGCUCUCUACACCCAGCUUCUCGAGUUUGAGGCUCGUGUUGAUGCUGCCCUUGCAAGAAAGAAAGUCGACAUCCAAGAGGCCCUUAAAAGCCCGCCUUGCAUUCAGAAAACGAUGCGGAUUUAUGUUUUUAACACUUUUGCUAACCAGGUUCGCUCGAUUCCACAGAAGCCAAAUGCUGAUCCCCCUACUUGGACACUUAAAAUAGUUGGGAGGAUCUUGGAAGAUGGGGUUGAUCCUGACCAGCCUGGAAUGGUCCAGAAAUCAAAUCCCUUUUAUCCAAAGUUCUCAUCUUUCUUCAAGAGAGUAACAAUUUCUUUGGAUCAGAGACUAUAUCCUGAGAAUCAUAUCAUUUUGUGGGAAAAUGCUCGAUCACCUGCAAUUCAUGAGGGCUUCGAGGUGAAGAGAAAAGGUGACAAAGAAUUUACUGUGAACAUACGGUUGGAAAUGAAUUAUGCGCCUGAGAAGUAUAAGCUUUCUCAACCGUUGAUGGAAGUUCUUGGUAUUGAGGUUGAAACCCGACCUAGGAUUAUAGCUUCAAUCUGGCACUAUGUGAAGGCUAGGAAAUUGCAGAACCAGCAUGACCCUUCUUUCUUUAACUGUGAUCCACCACUUCAGAAAGUAUUUGGGGAGGAAAGGAUGAAAUUCACCAUGGUAUCGCAGAAGAUAUCUCAGCAUUUGUUCCCCCCACAACCUAUACAUUUGGAGCAUAAGAUAAAGCUUUCAGGAAAUAGUCCAGCUGGAACUGCAUGUUAUGAUGUGUUGGUUGACGUUCCUUUUCCAAUUCAAAGGGAACUGUCUGCUCUUUUGGCCAACUCCGAGAAGAACAAAGAGAUUGAUACCUGUGAUGAAGCAAUAUGUGCAGCUAUAAGAAAAAUCCAUGAGCAUCGUCGCAGGCGAGCCUUUUUCCUUGGGUUUAGUCAAUCUCCUGUGGAAUUUAUCAAUGCACUGAUUGAAUCUCAAAACAAAGAUUUAAAGCUUGUAGCUGGAGUAGCAAGCCGUAGUGCUGAAAAAGAGAGGCGAUCAGAUUUCUUCCACCAACCAUGGGUCGAAGAUGCUGUUAUCCGGUAUCUGAAUCGUAAGCCAGGUGCAGGAGGUGAUGCUGCGCCUGGAAGCAUAUGAUGUGAGGGGACUGUUGAGCUCUUGCCCGGGGUGUGUGCCACUGCCAGCCCCCUUUGUAUUCUUAUUUGUUAAGCAAAUGUAGGAGGAUAUAGGAUUGCCUUUUCUAGUGUAGGACGAGGAGGGAGGACAGACGCUGACGCUGCUCGCAGAUUGUUGAACCAUGGCAGAAAAUAUAGAGCUUGUUCUGUUUGUUGUAACCAUUAAAUUUUGCCAUGUACUUGCUGUGCUGCUGAACUGCUGAUUUAGGGUUAAUGUACAAACAUGUUGACAGUUUUAUUUAUCAUCUAUGCUCUCAAUUUGUAACGUACAAAUGAUGUUUUAUCCUUUGGAAUCCUCCCCCUCUCUUUUCUU